AUGGCCGGAAAACUCCUCAACCUCCAACAAGCCAUCGCCAUCCACCCACAACACGUCCCAUCCGAAGCCACCACCAUAUACAUCAAACAUCACAGCAGAAGCGCAUCCCGAGGCGACUUCACCGUCUCAACAUGUCCCCACAAACUCACCACCCCAGAAACCAAACUCUUCUCCAUGGCUAGUAUUCUCGCAUCCUGGCGCCAGCGUCGUUCUGUCCGCGAUGCCUCUGAUCAGCCACUUUACGAUCUACGACGCGAAGCGACGGGAGUCACAUGGAGUGCGUAUCUACCAGGUCAGGAAGAACACCCCGUCGUCACGAUUGCGCCGCGGUUGUCGUGGUUGAAGGACAAAAUGGACGUGUAUGUCAAGAACGCGGCGGGCGAUGGACAGGAAGUCCUGCUGGAAGUGCGAGGGCAGGAUGUGUGGAAGAUUAUGACUCAUGUGUUUGUCGAUGGGGCCUUGGUGAUGGUUAUUCGGAGAUUGGAUUUUAUGUCUGCGUAUAUCCCUGUGAAGGGGUUUGAGUGGAAGAUAGAAGUGGCGGGGGGGUUGGACCUUUCACUAGUACUAUUGAUUAUCUCUGUCAUGGCGGAUAUCAUGUAUUACAGCAGUCCCGAGUCGUCGUACAAGGGCAGCAAUCAGCAGGACAACUAA